GCCCUUUGAGCCAAGGGUGAAGGAAUGUGAGGACCAGAAAUUCACUUUGAGCCAAAGUUGAAAACUGAACAGUUUACACGUGUCUUAUGAGAAAGCUGUUUGUGGCCUGUGGUGAGGCUGUGACUUUUAUCUUUAAUACAUGCAGAAUAAGGUUUUUAAAGCCAAAUUUUAGAACCGACAAUCUUCCUUGUGUGAAUACUUGACAGUAAAGCCCAGAACCUUGGAAUCUUUGGCCUUUAAGCAACCUUUACUGCAAGCAAUUCUAUAAUUCUUUCACUUUUUUGUCAUGCAAACCAUUUAAUCCAAUGUAGUCUUCUUCCGACACCCUGCAUGAAUUAUCUUUGUUUUAGACUCCAAAAAUGCCAAAAACAGUGGCUAUCACACACUCUGAUCUUGCACCAAGUCGUCGAAGCACUGAAUUGGGUAGCAGAACUGGUGUUGUUCUCAUGGUUUUAACCAUUAUCUGUGGCCUGUUCUGUUUCACCCUUUGCCUCAUAGCAGAAGCCACUCGUUCUCAGGAAAGGCGGGUGGACACUGAAGAUAAUGGAAAGGAAGUGAAAUAUGAAUGUUUUUACAGCGGUAGUGGCAAGACACCAUUGUUGUGUUCUGCUGUGGCAUUUGUGGGGCUAGCUGUUGCCAUGGUGGUUGAACAUAUGUACAUGUUGAUUGCAGUCAGUAAAUCACCACCGCCAGCUUUGGUGUCUUGGGACCCUGACUCCACUCAUGCCAAGACUCUUACCUGGCAGGCAGGAUUUUUCUUUGUCACGACCUGGCUUUGCUUUGCUGUGGGAGAGAUUUUGCUGUUGAUUGGAAUGAGUGUGGAAUCAGGACAUUUAAAAAACUGGUCAAAACCAAGAGAGGGCUGCCUCAUCAUCAGAGAAGGCUUGUUCUGUGCAGCUGGUGUGUUUUCAUUGAUGACAGUUUUCCUGGCUGCUGGCCUAUACAUAACAGCAUUGCAUGCACAAAAAAUGUUCCAAGAAGAGCAAAAUGUGCGGCAACAGGUCCUUGAGACUUCUGUCCUAUAUGCGUCCCCGCCUGGUUCACCGCCCCGUCGGAUGACAACCAUGGCCAGAGAGGAUCCAGUGAUCACAGAAUUUCCAAACCAACUACCAACAUGUUCAUAUUCAUGGGAUUUCAACAAGCAAUCAAAUGGUGUUUAGAGCAAAGCAAACAAAUGCCCUGGGUGCCUGUGGCAAAGCUGAAGGCACAAGCUAGAGCUGCAUUUGCUGUAGGUAUUGUAUCAUUCAAAA